GACUUUUGAACCUAUUCUGAAGUGAGGAACAUAUUUUCGUGUAGUUCGUGCUCGCAGUGGUAUCUGCUUCCUCCAGCAAUUAGUGGACUUCUUCACAUUAUCAGUGGUAUAUAAUCAGCGGUCAAAAUAUGUUCUCGAGGAUAGCUGUCCGCAAUCAAUUUCUGGGCCGACUGAAGAGUACUUUGGUCAUUGCCGAACACAACAAUGAAGCACUGAAUCCUGUGACACAAAAUACUAUUACGGCGGCGAAGAAGAUCGGAGGCGAUAUCACAGUUCUGGUCGCUGGAACAAAAUGUGGACCGGCUUCUGAAGCAGCAUCGAAACUACAAGGAGUCACGAAGGUGCUGGUUGCCGAAAAUGAAGCGUUCAAAGGGUUCACCGCGGAGUCGCUAACUCCACUGAUUCUGGCCGCUCAGAAUCAAUUCAAGUUCACACACAUUCUGGCUGGGUGCACGGCCUUCGGCAAGAGUGUGCUGCCACGAGUUGCUGCCAAAUUGGACGUGUCGCCCAUUUCGGACAUAAUUGAUGUGAAAUCAGAGGACACUUUCGUUCGCCCAGUCUAUGCCGGUAAUGCUAUCCUUACCUUAAAAUCAAAAGAUCCUGUCAAGGUCAUCACAGUACGUGGUACAAAUUUCGAGGCCACUAAAGUCGACGGAGGUGCUGCAGUUGAACAGGCACCAGCCGGCGAUUUUAAAUCAGACCUAACUGUAUUCGUAAGUCAAGAAUUGACUAAAUCUGAUCGUCCUGAACUAACAAGCGCUAAGGCAAUUGUUUCGGGAGGACGCGGUUUGAAAUCUGGAGAUAACUUCAAAUUGCUCUAUGACUUGGCUGACAAACUGAAUGCAGCUGUAGGCGCGUCUCGAGCUGCUGUUGAUGCAGGCUAUGUACCAAACGAUCUACAAAUUGGUCAAACAGGAAAGAUUGUCGCUCCAGAACUAUAUAUUGCUGUCGGUAUUUCGGGAGCAAUCCAGCAUUUGGCUGGAAUGAAGGAUUCAAAAACUAUUGUUGCGAUCAACAAGGACCCUGAAGCUCCUAUUUUCCAAGUAGCUGACAUUGGCCUGGUAGCCGAUCUGUUCAAAGCCGUACCAGAAUUAACACAGAAAAUCUAAAACAAUCAAUUUAUUUUUGUAAUUGUUUUAUAUAAAAACAUUAUUGUAAAUAAACGCGAUUUUAUAAUGAA